AGGCGCGGGGCGCAGGCCGUGCGCGCGCCGCCCGCAGCAUCCCUGCCCGGAGCGCAGCCGGCGCGGGCGCGGGACCGAGGCGAACCGGGUGCGGAGCCAACACCCGCGGCAGCAGCACCAGCUCCUGCCCUCCACUGAGUCCAGAGAGGGAGAUCCCAGUACUUGACUCCAUCACGCAGAUGGGAGCAGGCACCAGCUAUGGAGAGGGAUACAGCUGCGUCUCCACAUGACCCAUCCUGCAUGACACCAAAGCCACCGCCACACAGUGCCUCGGAUUCUAUGCAAAACCUGGGGAGCGGAGACCUACCCCAGCCCCGGGAGGAAGCUAGCUCUUCAGGGGAUCGUCUGAGGACUGGAGUUUGAUCCAGGAACCUGGCUUCAGGCCUUGCUUUUCUCUCUUCUUCAUUCAUAUUCAUUCCCAACACCUUAGAAGGUGUUGCUUAAUUUAUUUCUAGAAAAGCAGCCCAGAGUCAGUCAUUGAAGCCUUCCCCACCCCCUGGCCAGAAAAAAAAAAAAAAAAAAAAAAUUGGACACAUUUUGGCUCUGUUGGGAGCUUGGAGUCCAGUGGUUGGCAUAAUUGUCACAUUGGGAGCAGAGAAGAAGCAACCAGGGGCCCUGGUCAGGGGACUGAGCCAUAGAGUCCCAGGAUGGCACCCAAUGGCACAGCCUCUUCCUUUUGCCUGGAAUCUACCGCAUGCAAGAUCACCAUCACCGUGGUCCUUGCGGUCCUCAUCCUCAUCACCGUUGCUGGCAACGUGGUCGUCUGUCUGGCCGUGGGCUUGAACCGCCGGCUCCGCAACCUGACCAAUUGUUUCAUCGUGUCCUUGGCUAUCACUGACCUGCUCCUUGGCCUCCUGGUGCUGCCCUUCUCUGCCAUCUACCAGCUGUCCUGCAAGUGGAGCUUUGGCAAGGUCUUCUGCAAUAUCUACACCAGCCUGGAUGUGAUGCUCUGCACAGCCUCCAUUCUUAACCUCUUCAUGAUCAGCCUCGACCGGUACUGCGCUGUCAUGGACCCACUUCGGUACCCUGUGCUGGUCACCCCGGUUCGGGUUGCCAUCUCUCUGGUCUUAAUUUGGGUCAUCUCCAUUACCCUGUCCUUUCUGUCUAUCCACCUGGGGUGGAACAGCAGGAACGAGAGCAGCAAGAGCAAUCAUACCACCUCUAAGUGCAAAGUCCAGGUCAAUGAAGUGUACGGGCUGGUGGAUGGGCUAGUCACCUUCUACCUACCGCUACUGAUCAUGUGCAUCACCUACUACCGCAUCUUCAAGGUCGCCCGGGAUCAGGCCAAGAGGAUCAAUCACAUUAGCUCCUGGAAGGCAGCCACCAUCAGAGAGCACAAAGCCACAGUGACACUGGCUGCCGUCAUGGGGGCCUUCAUCAUCUGCUGGUUUCCCUACUUCACCGCAUUUGUGUACCGUGGGCUGAGAGGGGAUGAUGCCAUCAAUGAGGUGUUAGAAGCCAUCGUUCUGUGGCUGGGCUAUGCCAACUCAGCCCUGAACCCCAUCCUGUAUGCUGCGCUGAACAGAGACUUCCGCACCGGGUACCAACAGCUCUUCUGCUGCAGGCUCGCCAACCGCAACUCCCACAAAACUUCUCUGAGGUCCAACGCCUCUCAGCUGUCCAGGACCCAAAGCCGAGAACCCAGGCAACAGGAAGAGAAACCCCUGAAGCUCCAGGUGUGGAGUGGGACAGAAGUCACGGCCCCCCAGGGAGCCACAGACAGUUUGGGGAGUGAGAGCCCCUCCCACUCCUGGAAAGGAAGUCAGGGGAAGGAGAGCAGAGAGGAGGUGGGAAGCCCUUUACAGCCUCAAAAGUCAAGGAGAAUAAAUCGUGGCCCCCCAGGAGUCAAUGAAAGGAAGCCAGCACUGUCCUGCACUACGUGCUCCAGCAACCUCCUGAGCUGCUGCAAGAGCCUGUGGGGGCUCAGGUUCCUUCAGAGACACACGGGAGGCCCCUCGGAGGAGCUCUCGGGGGAGCCACUGUCUGAGGAGCCACAGAAAAGACCUCCCCAGAAAGCGGUGAGGAUGCUGCCCUCUGAGGCUGUCUAGACCUAGCCCCAAGACACUGAAGAUACCGCUCCUGGUCCCCAAGAUGUGACUCCUGGAGCUCCUAAGGACCCAGUCUCCAAAGCCACCAAGGACUCACCCUGGACUGAGUCUGGCGGCUCCCAGAACACACAGCUGGGCGUGGGGUCCUCAGGCCUAGGGCGGAACAGCCUAUUCUGUGCUCAGCAUUCCCAGACAGGCACGCAAGACUCCUCUGGGCCCGAGUGGGCUGAAUCCCAUGGGUUCAAAGCUCACGUUGGUGCUGGCCCUGGGAGUCAUGAGCAGAGACGGUGGGACAGACGGGGAUGCGUGCACAUGUGUGUGCAUGGGUGCAUAUGUGUAGGAAGGUGCAUGACCUCUGAGCAAGGCAGAGGGUAUUGAAGAAAGCAUCGGCCUCUCACUCCCUCAUGGGUUCUGCAGGAUGGAGGAAAGGAAAGGAAAAGACAGAGAAGGAAGGAAAUAGCUUUUCAUGAGCACCUACUGUGUACCAGGUGCUUCCCUGGCAUGAGCUCUCAUAACCCUUAUAGCAACAUGAUUUAGAGGAAGAAUCACCACCCUGACUCUACAGAGAUGGAAACUGAGGCUCAGAGAAGUAAGGGACCUGCCCAAGGCCACUCAGCACCUAGAAAGUGUGCCUAGCACAUAGGAGGCACACAAAAAUAUUUGUUGAAUGGGUGAAUGCAUGAGAGAGCGAGUGAAAAGCAGGCCUCAAGCCCACACUACUGACACUGCACUACGCCGCCUCUCAGGAGAGAGGGCAAAUAUUUCCUUGACUCAGCCACCUUCCUCCUAGCAAGGCUUAGGCCCCCAGGCUCUGGGGGUCCCUUCCUGCUACAGUAUGACCCUCUCUGGUGCUUGUCAUCAAGAAGUGGUGUGCGGUGGACUUUCUCAGAGAGUGUCUGCAGCCAGGCAUCAUGGAGGGAGGGAUGGAGCUUGAGGGACUGUAAUGGUUGUGAAUGGGGGAGUUGGCCCCCAGCACUCUCUGGUGGCCGUAUGACCUCGGGCACGUCUCCUGACCACUCUAAGCAGCUUUUGAUUCCCCUGUCUAAGAGGGUAGGCCCCCUGUUCCUAUUUACAGGAUCCAUGAAGAGACUCAAAGAGAUAGGGUAGUGCCAGCCCCAGAGAGAGGGGGCUGUGGAGGGACUCCUACACUCAGGGCUUCUCAGUGGCAUCUCCUGGCUGGCCCCUGACACUCAAUCUUCCUUGGUUUCCAAGAUGCUUCAUGAUCUUCCCCCUCCCUAACAUCCCCGACCUCUCUUUUCUGUCCCUUUUGCAACUCAUUGUCCUCUGCCUGCCAUCAGAUAUGGCUGUUCCCCAGUCUCAGUCCGGAGUCCUCUCUUCUCACUCAGCAUCUCUCCGCCUGUGACCUCGUCUGCACCCACAACUCCAGUUACAAGGCACGAGGUUCGGUUAUGAAAUCACUCACAGAUUUAUAACUGCAGGCUUGGCUCCUUCCGGGAGCUUGAGACCCACUCCCGCCUCCGCAACACCUCCACCUGGGAGUUUCAGAGGCGCUCUCCCUCAGCGUGCCUGCAGCUGCGUGCCUGCCUUCCCCUUGCACCUGCCCUGCUCCCCAGGUCCCUUUCUCAGACCAAAGCCUGCCCGGGCUUCACAGGCUGAGGGUCCACCUUGCCACCUCCCUUUGCCUCGGUCCUCAUGGAGCCCUGGCUCCACCAUCUGCUGGAUUCUCCCCAUCUACUCUGUGUCACUCCAUCCGACCACCAUUGUCUCAUCAGGACAGUUGGAACACCUCAGCACUCUCACCCCCACCCAGUCCACCCCCUACCCGACAGCCAGAGUGGGUCAUGCCAGAUGCAACCCAGGUCGUGCCACACAGGUAGAUAAAACCAUCUUCAGCCCGGCCCUCAGGCCCUUUGUGCUAGGACCCUGCUGGGCCCUCUCCAGCCUCCCCCUGCGCCAGGCCUCCUCCAUCACUUCACUCUGGCCCUGCUGUUCUUUUCCUUUUAGUUUGAUUAACUCACUCUGCCCAUUCCAUGCUCAAAGCUGUUUCCAUGAGGAAAGGCUCCUCCUGCCCAUUUUAGUGCCCUGAAGUGUCACUGCCUUGAGGAAGUCUUCCUUCACCCUCCACACCAAGCCAGGCCCCUGCCACACCCCUCAGAGCUUUCCCUGGAAGGCACUGGCAUGGCUGUUUGCGUGAUUCCUUGAACGUUGUCUGUCUCUCCUCCUCAUGAGGCUGUGGGUCCUGUCUGUUUCUGGUGACCAUUGUCUGUCUAACCCCUAGAGGAGUGUUUGUCACAUGGUAGGAGCUUAAUAAAUAUGUGUUGGAUGAAUGAGCAGAGAAAAGACAGUGCAGAGAGUGGCCAAAACAGAUGCUUUCAGCAGUGUAUCUGCCAAUAAACCUAAAGGCAUGAUUUGCCCUGGUGACCCGCCAGAGGUGCUUAGUCUCUUGGCUGAAUUCCUUCUGGAAUCCCCAGAACCCCCUUCUUGGAAGUUUUCCCAGGUGUCUGAGGCAGGCGGGUCUCUCAGUCACGGCCACAUGACCUCAAGUGAAAACAAACCAGUCUGGCUGUUCACAGACUCAGCUGGUCAGAGCUCUGGCCCGAGGGGCCCACGCACCACCCGCCACUGCAGAAGACGCCUCCACGUCUGUCUCUGGGCUGCCUCCACCUUCUGCAGGCCUCCUGGAGCCUCUGCUGGCUGCAGAAGUGGGGUGCAUGCUGCCUGGAGGAGGAACAUCUGUGGUGGGACCCCAAAUCCAUGUUUGUGUUACCAUCGUGUUCCAAUAAAACUAUCGAAACAGA